GUUAACGCUAUUGCAUUUUACCUUUGGCCGUCGUCGUUUGGCUAUUUACAAUAAUAACCGAAUAACAACCCAUAGUAGUGGUCUGAAAUGGACAUACUCAAAGCUGAGAUCGAAAGGAAGAGGAAGCAUAUCGAGGAAAAACAGAUUUUAGACGACUCCAAAAAAUAUUUUAAAAGGGCCGACCUUGCACGCAAGGAGCAAGAAGACUACUUCAGAAGAUGUGGAUAUAAGGUUCAGAGAGAGACUCCUGAGAGCCAGAGGGUUGAGGAGGAGAAAGAAGAAAAUGAACCAUCCACUUCAACUAAUCCAGUAUUAGAACUGGAGCUAACAGAGAAGCUGCCAAUGACACUGUCGCGACAGGAGGUUAUUCGACGUCUUCGGGAACGAGGGGAACCAGUCAGAAUAUUUGCAGAGUCUGACUAUGAUGCCUUUCAGAGACUCAGGAAAAUAGAAAUACUGACUCCUGAAGUAAACAAGGGCUUGAGGAAUGACCUGAAAGCAGCCAUGGACAAGAUUGACCAGCAGUACCUGAACGAGAUUGUUGGAGGGACAGAGCCGGGGGAGGUGGACACACAGCAUGACCUGAAAGUUCAUGAAGAAAAUACCACUAUUGAAGAGCUUGAGGCUCUUGGGAAAACCCUGGGCACAGGGGAUGAUCACAGAGACCAGGACGUUAUUGACAAAUUUUUAAGGUUUCUUCUUGGGGUUUGGGCCAAAGAUCUGAACAGCAGAGAAGACCAUGUGAAGCGCAGCGUUCAGGGCAAGGUGGCCAGUGCAACACACUCGCAGACCGAGUCUUAUCUCAGGCCUCUCUUUCGAAAGCUCAGGAAGAAGAAUUUACCUGCUGACAUCAAAGAGUCGAUCACAGACAUCAUCAAGUUUAUGUUGGAGAGGGAAUAUGUGAAGGCAAAUGAUGCAUAUCUACAAAUGGCUAUCGGAAAUGCCCCCUGGCCUAUUGGUGUCACCAUGGUGGGUAUCCACGCCCGUACUGGACGAGAAAAGAUCUUCUCCAAACACGUGGCCCAUGUUCUCAACGAUGAGACGCAGAGGAAAUACAUCCAGGGACUGAAGAGACUGAUGACAAUCUGCCAGAAACACUUUCAAACGGUUCCAUCGAAGUGUGUGGAGUACAACGCUCUUUAACUUUUGACUUGACCUAAACCUCCGGACAAGGCUGUCAAGUUCAGUCGAUCACAAUCCACAAGUGAAAUGAGCUGUGCUUCUUUCUUUUUUUAUCCUCCAUUACAGCUCAGUUAUUUUCUUUUGAUGAAAUGGCAGUGACAAGGAAUUCUCAAAAUCUUCUAAACAAAGAACCCUUGUGUAAAUAUGCUUUUCAGGGUAUUUCUGUCAGAGAAAAUGCAGAAUCUGAACUGUACUGGAGUUCAGUGAUGAGAGUGGGCCCAUCCUUGUGGACUGUAGCCAAAAUCCUUGUUCAUUGUGCGUAUCUUCAAGACCUCUGAGAACAUAAAUCUAUACGAAUGCUUAAAGGAACGUCUGACUUUUUUUCUUGUGGUAUGAAAAUGCAUUUCUUCAAUUGUGUAAUACAAGUUUUAAGAUUGAUGCUUUUAAGUUUUAAGAUUGAUGCUUAUACGUUAUUAAGCCUGAAGGAUGGACUUGUGUAAGUUUUAUUACACCUAAAAUAUUACACAAAAUUAUCCACAUACUUCAUUUACUGCAAAAUCAUUUCUGUUUUUUUUUUUCAACAGAUUUAAGAACCUUUAAGUGUAGUUGAACCAUCUUAUUUAGAAAAUAGUGUUUGGUUUUUCCUGUAUUAGCUAGCUGCAGAGCUGCCACGAUUAUAGUUUUUAUGCAAUGGGAACCGUUCAUUUUAUCUGAGGUAGAUUUUGUUGCCAAGAAUUACACUUGUGUCUUUUGCACCUGGUCUAUAUUCAGUCUCUAUAGCUUUGUCAUUAUGAAAAUAAAUGUCUUUUCUCAUUCUCUCAUCACAACA